UCAGUGGAAAGAACAUCCAGUGUCAGUUUGCUGCCACAGUACCAGACUCUACUAGCACCACAACUAGAGCAGACACAAGCACUACAAGUUUCUCAAUGUCAGUCUCCACUGGAACUUACAAUGCCAGUUCUGAUGGUCUGGGAAGCCCUACUGCCAAGAUAACAACUGGUGUGGUAGACCUGGCAAAUGUUAAUGCCACUAUCAAUAAUCAGAUUAAUUCCAACACCACAGCACCACCCAACACAACUGCAGCUCCAACAACACCUGCCCCACUGGUGCCUGACACUAAUGUGACAAUUCUUAAUGCCUCUAUUACUAGAACUGAAUGUGGCAGGAAACAGCUGUGUGCAGCUCAGCCCUCUGGCUGUGACCCCUCAAACGGGACAUGUUUCUUCCUUGGUGCCCAAGCGCUUGGAGGUCAAAAUUUUAUGUUUGACCUUGCAGGAGAAUCAGACGGCUACAUUGCUGCCACCCUGUCACGUAACACACAGGGAGUCAAUGACACAACCUACAUCUGUGCAAAUAACAAUGGUGUAGUCAAAUUCUUCAGUGCUCUUCUGAACAACGGCAAGCUGACUCGCACACCGCUUAAAGUCAACAAUGUGAGGGGCAAAGUCAGUGGAAAGAACAUCCAGUGUCAGUUUGCUGCCACAGUACCAGACUCUACUAGCACCACAACUAGAGCAGACACAAGCACUACAAGUUUCUCAAUGUCAGUCUCCACUGGAACUUACAAUGCCAGUUCUGAUGGUCUGGGAAGCCCUACUGCCAAGAUAACAACUGGUGUGGUAGACCUGGCAAAUGUUAAUGCCACUAUCAAUAAUCAGAUUAAUUCCAACACCACAGCACCACCCAACACAACUGCAGCUCCAACAACACCUGCCCCACUGGUGCCUGACACUAAUGUGACAAUUCUUAAUGCCUCUAUUACUAGAACUGAAUGUGGCAGGAAACAGCUGUGUGCAGCUCAGCCCUCUGGCUGUGACCCCUCAAACGGGACAUGUUUCUUCCUUGGUGCCCAAGCGCUUGGAGGUCAAAAUUUUAUGUUUGACCUUGCAGGAGAAUCAGACGGCUACAUUGCUGCCACCCUGUCACGUAACACACAGGGAGUCAAUGACACAACCUACAUCUGUGCAAAUAACAAUGGUGUAGUCAAAUUCUUCAGUGCUCUUCUGAACAACGGCAAGCUGACUCGCACACCGCUUAAAGUCAACAAUGUGAGGGGCAAAGUCAGUGGAAAGAACAUCCAGUGUCAGUUUGCUGCCACAGUACCAGACUCUACUAGCACCACAACUAGAGCAGACACAAGCACUACAAGUUUCUCAAUGUCAGUCUCCACUGGAACUUACAAUGCCAGUUCUGAUGGUCUGGGAAGCCCUACUGCCAAGAUAACAACUGGUGUGGUAGACCUGGCAAAUGUUAAUGCCACUAUCAAUAAUCAGAUUAAUUCCAACACCACAGCACCACCCAACACAACUGCAGCUCCAACAACACCUGCCCCACUGGUGCCUGACACUAAUGUGACAAUUCUUAAUGCCUCUAUUACUAGAACUGAAUGUGGCAGGAAACAGCUGUGUGCAGCUCAGCCCUCUGGCUGUGACCCCUCAAACGGGACAUGUUUCUUCCUUGGUGCCCAACCGCAGGGAGGUCAAAAUUUUAUGUUUGACCUUGCAGGAGAAUCAGACGGCUACAUUGCUGCCACCCUGUCACGUAACACACAGGGAGUCAAUGACACAACCUACAUCUGUGCAAAUAACAAUGGUGUAGUCAAAUUCUUCAGUGCUCUUCUGAACAACGGCAAGCUGACUCGCACACCGCUUAAAGUCAACAAUGUGAGGGGCAAAGUCAGUGGAAAGAACAUCCAGUGUCAGUUUGCUGCCACAGUACCAGACUCUACUAGCACCACAACUAGAGCAGACACAAGCACUACAAGUUUCUCAAUGUCAGUCUCCACUGGAACUUACAAUGCCAGUUCUGAUGGUCUGGGAAGCCCUACUGCCAAGAUAACAACUGGUGUGGUAGACCUGGCAAAUGUUAAUGCCACUAUCAAUAAUCAGAUUAAUUCCAACACCACAGCACCACCCAACACAACUGCAGCUCCAACAACACCUGCCCCACUGGUGCCUGACACUAAUGUGACAAUUCUUAAUGCCUCUAUUACUAGAACUGAAUGUGGCAGGAAACAGCUGUGUGCAGCUCAGCCCUCUGGCUGUGACCCCUCAAACGGGACAUGUUUCUUCCUUGGUGCCCAAGCGCUUGGAGGUCAAAAUUUUAUGUUUGACCUUGCAGGAGAAUCAGACGGCUACAUUGCUGCCACGCUGUCACGUAACACACAGGGAGUCAAUGACACAACCUACAUCUGUGCAAAUAACAAUGGUGUAGUCAAAUUCUUCAGUGCUCUUCUGAACAACGGCAAGCUGACUCGCACACCGCUUAAAGUCAACAAUGUGAGGGGCAAAGUCAGUGGAAAGAACAUCCAGUGUCAGUUUGCUGCCACAGUACCAGACUCUACUAGCACCACAACUAGAGCAGACACAAGCACUACAAGUUUCUCAAUGUCAGUCUCCACUGGAACUUACAAUGCCAGUUCUGAUGGUCUGGGAAGCCCUACUGCCAAGAUAACAACUGGUGUGGUAGACCUGGCAAAUGUUAAUGCCACUAUCAAUAAUCAGAUUAAUUCCAACACCACAGCACCACCCAACACAACUGCAGCUCCAACAACACCUGCCCCACUGGUGCCUGACACUAAUGUGACAAUUCUUAAUGCCUCUAUUACUAGAACUGAAUGUGGCAGGAAACAGCUGUGUGCAGCUCAGCCCUCUGGCUGUGACCCCUCAAACGGGACAUGUUUCUUCCUUGGUGCCCAAGCGCUUGGAGGUCAAAAUUUUAUGUUUGACCUUGCAGGAGAAUCAGACGGCUACAUUGCUGCCACCCUGUCACGUAACACACAGGGAGUCAAUGACACAACCUACAUCUGUGCAAAUAACAAUGGUGUAGUCAAAUUCUUCAGUGCUCUUCUGAACAACGGCAAGCUGACUCGCACACCGCUUAAAGUCAACAAUGUGAGGGGCAAAGUCAGUGGAAAGAACAUCCAGUGUCAGUUUGCUGCCACAGUACCAGACUCUACUAGCACCACAACUAGAGCAGACACAAGCACUACAAGUUUCUCAAUGUCAGUCUCCACUGGAACUUACAAUGCCAGUUCUGAUGGUCUGGGAAGCCCUACUGCCAAGAUAACAACUGGUGUGGUAGACCUGGCAAAUGUUAAUGCCACUAUCAAUAAUCAGAUUAAUUCCAACACCACCACAGCACCACCCAACACGACUGCAGCACCACCCAACACGACUGCAGCUCCAACAACACCUGCCCCACUGGUGCCUGACACUAAUGUGACAAUUCUUAAUGCCUCUAUUACUAGAACUGAAUGUGGCAGGAAACAGCUGUGUGCAGCUCAGCCCUCUGGCUGUGACCCCUCAAACGGGACAUGUUUCUUCCUUGGUGCCCAAGCGCUUGGAGGUCAAAAUUUUAUGUUUGACCUUGCAGGAGAAUCAGACGGCUACAUUGCUGCCACGCUGUCACGUAACACACAGGGAGUCAAUGACACAACCUACAUCUGUGCAAAUAACAAUGGUGUGGUCAAAUUCUUCAGUGCUCUUCUGAACAACGGCAAGCUGACUCGCACAACGCUUAAAGUCAACACUGUGAGGGGCAAAGUCAGUGGAAACAAAAUCCAGUGUCAGUUUGCUGCCACAGUACCAGACUCUACUAGCACCACAACUAGAGCAGACACAAGCACUACAAGUUUCUCAAUGUCAGUCUCCACUGGAACUUACAAUGCCAGUUCUGAUGAUCUGGGAAGCCCUACUGCCAAGAUAACAACUGGUGUGGUAGACCUGGCAAAUGUUAAUGCCACCACCGACAACCAGAUUAAUUCCACCACCACCACAGCACCAUCCAACACCACGACUGCAGCACCAUCCAACACAACCACGGCACCAUCCAACACCACCACAGCACCAUCCAACACGACUGCAGCUCCAACAACACCUGCCCCACUAGUGCCUGACAGUACUGUGACAACUCUUAAUACCUCUAUUACUAAAGAUAAUUGUAGCAAGACACAGCUGUGUGUUUCUCAGCCCUCUGGCUGCGACCCCUCCAGUGGGACAUGUUUCUUCCUUGGUGCUCAACAGCUGGGAGGUCAAAAUUUUAGGUUUUCACUCGCAGGACAAUCAGACGGCUACGUUGCUCUCACCCUGUCACGUAACACUACACCGGGAACCAAUGACACAACCUACAUCUGUGCAAAUAACAACAAUGUAGUCAAAUACAUAAGUGCUCUUCUGAACAACGGCAAGCUGAAUCCCACAACGCUUAAAGUCAACAAUGUGAAGGGCAAAGUCAGUGGAAAGAACAUCCAGUGUCAAUUUGAUGCCACAGUACCAGACUCUACUAGCACCACAACUAGAGCAGAUACAAGCACUACAAAUUUCGCAAUGGUAGUCUCCAAUGGAACUUACAAUGCCGCUUCCGAUGAUCUGGGAAGCCCUGUUUUCCAAAUAAGAACUAAUGUGGUAGACCUGAGUAAUGUUACUGCCACCAUCACCAAUUUGAUUAGUUCCAACUCCACCAACACCACCACCACCUCUGCGGCUAAUGCAAUUACAAUCCAGCAAUCACUGAUGCAAGCUUUGCUGAUCACUGUGGGCAUCCUGACUCUGAGCUGGCUAUAAGGAAACUGAAACCUGCCCUACAUUAACAGAUUAAAACUUCCCUAUCCAAUCAUGCUACUAUGUUUAAACUCACAGGUUUACUAUCAACAGUAUGUCCCAGACUGCUAUGAUUAAUUUUGUGUGAAAGGGUCACAUUACAAAUCAGAAGGACUGGUGGAGGGCAAUCACUUUCAUGAAGCUUUUUUUUGACUGCUUUUACAAGCAGUUAGAGAUUUUGUUGGAAUCUUUUGUAGAACUCUUUAAAACGGUGUGGUAAGAUGGGGCACAACUGAAUUAUUAAGAGUAAACGAACACAUAGUUUGAAUUAAGUGAACCACAAUCACGGCUUUUACCAGUGUGUGUAAUUUAUGCACAUUUUGGGUCAAGAGUCUGGUACCCUUUAAACCCACAUUUUUAUUGUUAAGCAAAAAGAUUUGGUGAGUUUAUGGUUACUUUGAUUAUUAAACUGAUAAACUGUGUACAAACAAACUGCUGGUAAAUUUAUCAAGACAUUUUGUCAAAGAGCUGAAGAACCAAGAGGCUUUUGUUAACCAUUGUUUGCCUUUGUCUACCCUUAGAACACCAAAAGCAAAAUUCAUUUGCUGAUGAUGACAAUGAUGCCAGCAAAUGGCAGAGGUGCAUUUAAAGAAAAUUAUGUUCUGAUAGUAUAUUUCUAUUAUAUGUUGUUGAUAUGAAUGUUGGUUGUUCAGCAGUGCCUUUACGAUGAUGCCUUCAGUGGCUGAUGUUCACAUGUGUUGCUUGCUUUUUAGCAGCUGUUCACAAAUAAUGCUAUAUUUGGUACUACUGAAGAUGCUUGUGUAAUGAUUUUGUAUUACAUGUUUAUAAUUAAAUAUUUAUCAAUAAAUUA